AUGCCCUUGACUCCUCUUCCGAAUAAUAACAGCUCAACUUCAGCCCCUCCAUCAUCCUCUGCUUCGGGACCAACACUGCAGAGAUCAUCAACCAUAGGGAUGAAUACCAUCAUCAUGAACGCUACCACGGGUCCUUAUGGAUCUGCUUCUACGAGUGCUUUAAAUGUGGGACGAAAUUUAUCAACGGCAUCGUCCACAGUUCCUUCUCGAAAAGCCUCUCAACCUCCUGUAACGACUAACACAAUGAUUUCUCUUGGAGUAGCACCAUCGUCAUUAUUGAUGGGUACUAAUAGCAGUUCAGUAAUGACUACCAAUUAUAAUAAUAAUAAUAAUCAAAAUAAUAAUAAUAAUCACAUUUCCAACAAUAUCUCCACAACAAAUGGAACACCCUCAUCAUCAUCAUCAACAACCUCUCACACUAGUAAAGAAUAUGAACAAGUGAAUCAAGUAUUUGAUGGCCUUUCCAUGAGUAUUCAUCAAUUGUAUCAUCAAUUAAAACAAACACAGGAUAGUAUUCGGAAAAUAUCGGAGACUCAACAGUUACAGUUGGACCCAAAUUUGAGCACAACAACUGCCCAUAGUCAACGUUUUCUUGAUCGAUAUGGCCAAGAAGAUCAGCAAAAACAAGACUCGCUCACACUCGAGGAGGUGACAAAUGAUCAGGUUCUUGUGAACGCUUCAGCAACUCGGAGUGCAUCACCAGUAACAUCCUCAUCUCUUCCUUCAUCAUCAACAAAGGACACAACAUUCUCAACUACUUUCAACAAUAGUACUGGUGUAGCAAAGACAACAGCUAUUAUUGAACGACCUUCUUUCCUAAAGAAUGUGCCUUCUGAUAUCUCUUCGUCACUUAAUGACACAUCGAUAUUUUCAGAGCUGCAAUUAGAGUUAACUUUGAAAAAUGAGGAAAAUGCAACACUAAAAUUGAGAAUUGAAGAAUUACUACAUCAAAUAGAAACACUCCAAAAAAGAGUUUCUUCCAGCACCUAUGUGAUUGAACCAGUUUCAAAACCAGUUGCUUCUCAGACUAAUGAUGAAGAAUCGAUCGAAUUCUUAAAGGAACAACUUGCAACUCAAAAGGAAAUUAAUAGAAUUCAAUCUGUCAAAGUUGCUAAUUAUGAAUCAGCCAUCAAAUUGAUACUUUCAAGAUCUCACGACAAAAUGGAAGAGCUCAAACGAGAAAAUAACACCAUGACGGAAUUAAUGAAAAAGGAAAAUCAAACGUUACAAGCUUUAAAUUCCAAGCUUUUAAAUCAAAAUAUAAUCUUAAAAUCAAGACUGUUGGAGGUCAUGGAAGUGUUGCGAGACGCCGCACGACAACGAGAUCUUGAACUUGUAAAAAAUGAAAGUGUUUUAGAAUCAUACAUGAAAGAACGAGAAUUAUUACUUUCAUUGUUAAAGAUUUCAGAGGAAACUGAAACCACCACGCCAUGA